AUGGCCAUGGUGGAGGAGUACCAGCACGCGACCGCCGCGGGCAGCGCCGGUGCCGCCAAGAAGCUCAACUGCUCCCCGGAGGUCUACGAGUCCUUGGAGCACCAUUUGGCGGUCGCCGAGGCGGCCCAGAGGUUGAGGCUCCCACUGCUCUCGCAGGACGGGGAGGUGCAUGAGGAGGAGAUAGAAAAGCUGAGCACCUUGUCAAGGGUUUCAUUUGACAGUACCGUAACAAGUGCCACGCCAAGCUCAACCUCAAUCUCGACUAACUACAAUAACUAUGGCAGCACCGGUAGUGCGUUGACUGCUGCCGCUGCCGCUGGUGGUGGUGGUUCGGAGCUGGUUGAGCCCGGGGCAGGUGGUGUUCCUGAUCGCUUUCUUGGGAUAACAUCAGAUUAUCUCUACCAGGUGCAGCAACAGCAGCCAGCCAUGACUGUGGACAUGGUCGAGUAUCAGAGAUCUGUGGCAAGAGCGAUUGAGGCUCGGUUAGAAGCUAAGUGUGACGCUUUAGCUGAUCUUUUUGCAAUGGAUGAAAGGGAUUCGUCAUCCAUCAAUCAGAUUUCAAGUGCCAGGCUUCCAGAAAGGGUGAAAUUAAUUAUCGAAGGAAUAGAAAAGGAAGAGUCCCUUCUACUGGAGGAUCUUGCUUCGAUGGACAGGAAAUUUGCUGAGCACUAUAAUGAUGAUGUGAAGAAGACCUGGCUUAUUAAAAGAUGCCGUACUAUGAAUGCUAAACUAAGCUACCUGGAGCACCAUCUCUUGCGUGACACCUACACGAAGGAAACAGUACCUGCAUUGCAUAGAAUCAGGAAAUAUCUUGUGGAGGCAACGAAAGAAGCAUCCAAUUCCUAUAAUGAAGCGGUCUCACGUCUCCGCGAGUACCAAGGCGUAGACCCGCACUUCGACGUGAUUGCGAGGCAGUACCAUGAGAUCGUGAAGCUGUUCCAUUUCAGAAGACUUUUGGUUCUGUCAUCGCUCCUCCGUCGAUCCUUGUCACGAUGGGCGGCGGGGUCCGCACGGGCCAGCCGUUUUCCGUGCAGAUACGACAAGAUGACGCUGACGGUCGCCGUGUUCGCGCAGAACGUCCCGGCGAUGUGCGAGCUGCACUUCGCCGUGCCCAUGGCGGGGGCCGUCAUCUGCGCGCUCAACUCGCGCCUCGACGCCGCCAUGGCCUCCGUCCUGCUGCGCCACUCGGAGGCCAGGGUCCUCUUCGUCGACGCCGCGCUGCUCGGCGUCGCGCGGGAGGCCCUCCGCCUCCUGUCCGACGCCGGCGCCACGCCCCCCGCCGUCGUCCUCAUCAGAGAGCUGCUCGACGGCUGCGACGACGGAUCAACAUCUUCUUUUUCUGGUGCGACGGGUACCGUGUACGAGUACGAGGCUCUGGAGCUGCCCAAGACGGCGACCGGCAAGGUGCAGAAGUUCGCGCUCCGGGACAAGGCCAAGGCCAUGGGCAGCCUCUCCACCAGCAAGCUCUGA